GUAGGAGCAACAAAACUUCCUCGUCCGCAAACACUGGUUGCGCCUAUUCCCACCUCCCCUGUUCUCCAUAACAUCUUUAGACUACAAUACUCUUAACCUUUGGCUGACAGUACCCUAACAAGUACAAGUACUCGAGUAUCGGUACAUUUAGGAAGGAAAUUUCUUCCUACAAACAUCCUAAAUUAUACUAAUCUUACUGUCCUACCCUUAGACUAAUUUACUAUGGCUGCUGUUGCAAAUACCUCCUCCGUGCCGAGCGCUCAACGAUAUGCGUUACUCAGAGCGUCUGCAGGUUAUGGUCACCCGGUCUCCGGACCUCCCACCGGUGCGGGCGGAGGAGCGGCAGGGUCGGGACCAAGUAGCUUCGAAGUACCUGUCCCGUCAACCGAUGAUUACGGACCUGUCUCUGAGCCUACCUCGUCCAAUGCCACCCCUCCUCUUCCUACCACAGCUCCAGCAGGGUCCGCACCUGGGUCAGUCCCCCCGAAUAAGAAGGCACCAAACACCGGGCCAAAGUCGAAGAAGCCGUUGGAUCCAAUGGAGGUCAACAAUCUGUUGACUGCGAAAAUAUCACAGUUAGAGACCGAUGCAUCAUUGGAAGAAGAGGAGGAAAAGGCAAUCUCCCGCGCUGUUCGUAGGGCAAAUAAAGAACUCGCAGAGCUUGUAUCUUCUCGGGAAGAUCAUCUAGCCAAGGUGGACGCCAUCCAAAACAAGUACAGCGAGCUUCUUUAUGAGAUGAAACGUUUGGAACGGGAUUACGCCAAAUCACGCAAACGUGCCGAUCAAUUGCAAAAAGAAAAGGAUCACUCGAGGUCUGAGAUGCAAAAAGCGGUCUCUAUGAAACACAAGCUCGAAACACUAUGUCGGGAACUUCAAAAAGAGAACAAACGCAUCAAGGAUGAGAGUAAGAAACUUGCUCAAAAUGAACAGCAGAAACGUGAAGAACUUUCCAACAAGUUCGAGAAUACGAUUACGGAGAUCAAAAACCGCAUGGAGGAAGAAAACGACGGUGGGAGUCGUAAAGUUAAUGCAGGAGUUGACGAAUUAUUUAAAGCAAAAUUUAAGAGCUUUGUCGAUCAAUAUGAGAUGCGUGAACUCCACUGCUAUUCUCUUAUUCGCACCAAGGAGCUCGAAGUCCAAUGGAAUCUCGCCCGUUAUGAACAGCAGCGUAAGCAGGCUGAACAGGAAGCACACCGUGCUAAGGCUCUACACGCUCAAGUCUCAACCUUUUCCCAAACAGAGGCUGAAUUGAGAUCGCAGUUAAAUAUCUAUGUUGAGAAAUUCAAACAGGUCGAAGAUACCUUGAAUAACUCCAAUGACCUAUUCCUCACUUUCCGCAAAGAAAUGGAAGAAAUGUCCAAAAAGACUAAGCGCCUUGAAAAGGAAAACCUCACUCUCUCUCGCAAGAGUGACACAACGAACCGAAACCUCCUGAAAAUGGCCGAGGAGCGUACAAAACACCAGAAGGAACUCGAAAUACUCAGGAAAAAGAACUCCAAACUCGAGAACCUCUGUCGAGCACUCCAAGCCGAGCGCACUACUCUUGACACUAAACUUCGCGAUCAGGAAGGGGGUGGAAGAGGAGGCAGUGUUGGUGGCGCAGGGGAAGGAGGGGAACUGCUAGAAGAGGAGGAAGAAGAGGAAGACGACUCUGAAGUCGAUUCUGAAUACGAGGAAUCGGACAGAUAUGACGAUGAUGCCUCGGAGGAUGGAUCCGAAGGGGAAGAAGGCGAGGAUGAUACUGAAGAUGAGAAUCCCCAAGCAGCGGAGACGGCGGUCUCCCCAAAAGUCUCUGGGGGGAACCAAAAGCAGCAGCAACACACUCAGAAAAAUGGUGUUGAAAAGGCCUACCCAGUCGCUAAUGGCGUGAGCUUCGGGAGGCCUGCCCAUACCACCGACCUCAUCUCAUUACAAUUGCCCCCUCCUUCCACUUCCGAACGUACUGAAAAAGCGACAUGUGCUGGAGUCGAGAGAUAG